AUGCCCUCUAGGAAUAACAAUAACAACACUCCCGGACCCUGGGGAAGCCAAUGUGCCUGUCUUUGUCUCGACAGCACCGGUCAGAGAGACUUCAUCGAAGGCGGCGCGUUCAUGGAAAGUGACGACGAGGAGGGUCUCGCUUGGCAGCAUGUCGAGGAUAUAUCUAUCCUGACGCCUGAGGAACAGGACUUUUCCCUCGGUGCGACGGGCCGGAAUCGUGAGAAUGGGUUUAAGAACCGUUGUAUCUCCGAGUCUGGUUCUGCAAAAGAGUGUGGCUCUAAGAAGGGGAUCUUUGGCUUUUGUGCGAAGAGUAAGUGUAAGGGUAAGGGUAAGACUAAGGGUCUUGCUGGGAAGAAUUGA